UAACGAACACAAUCUUUUCAUUUCCUUCUCUUUCGACAUCAAAUCUCUUUGUUUUUUCAUUUCCUUUCGAAAUCAAAUCUGUUUAUCUUUUCAUUUCGAUAUUCUCUUGGUCAGGAUGCCAAGGAUGCACAUACCUCAUCAUCGCUUGUCUAUUCAAACUGAGAAUGCCAAAUAUGCAUAUACCUCAUCAUUACUAGUCUCGCUGUUUGAAUAGAUUAGGCAAAACAAGGGUGAAAAACAACAGCUGUUUCUUCAUCAACAUCGAUCAGAAUAUGAACUUGGAUUUGACUGAGGCGUCCUCUGAACAGGAAGAAACCUUGCGUUGGACCUGACCAUUCGAGGUUUGCUUCCAAAUGAAGCUGCUGAUCUGGCAUGGAAGGUGGCAAAUGGGAUUGUUGCAAGACCUGUUGACCACUUAGAUCUGAUGAAAGAUUUUGAGUUGGCAACAAAGGUGUCAUCAAGGGAAGAAAGUUUGGUACUUAAGAUCAGAACAAUGUUUUCUUCAUUAGAUUCAUUGAGUAUCAAUUUUCUUCCAAAGGAUGGUUCAACGGGUGUAGUUGCAGGUCUAGACAUGGCUUUAGUGAGGAAAUUUUACAACUCUGCAAAGGAGCUGGAUAGGAAAGAUGUGGUUGCAGCAAUUAUGGAAUCAACUGAGUCUUUGUUAUCUCUAGAUGAAGGCAGCUGGACUAAAGCCAACUCUAUUAGUCUUCGAAACGUUAUCACCCUGCUGGAGAAUAGUUUCUUCAAUUAUUCUGAAUAUUAUGGCACUCUUCAGAAGUUAUGGAAGUUAAUCUUAAAUCAGCCUGCACAUGUUAAGGCAAAUCUUCUCUUAGCUCUGCAAAGCUAUGACAGAGAUCAGUUGGAACGGCUUUUAGCUACUGUUCAGCAAUUCAUCACAAUUCUGGUCUAUGAGACUCCUAUUAAUGACAAAGUUGAAGCAGGAGUGCAGAUUCUUGAGUUUCUUUAUAGAGUAAAUGAGAAAUCUCAAGUUGUCGAUCAUAUGUUCUUCUACAAUGAUGCAGUAAACAGUGAGGACUUCAACAUUGUAGCUGACUUCAAAAUUUGGAUGGAAAGGAGUUCUUUCUCCUUCUGCAACUAUCCUUUUGUAUAUGAUACAUCAAGCAAGAGUAAAAUUUUGCAAUUGGAUUCCACUAUGCAAAUGCGUAAUGAGUUUCAAGAUGCCAUAUUUCGUUCUAUCUUAUUUGAGGGAACCUGCCCUUACUUGGUGCUUAGAGUGAGGAGAGAAAACUUAAUUCGGGAAACUAUAUUGCAGAUAAGAAGCCAUACUGAGGAUCUGAAGAAGCCACUGAAGGUUCAGUUUAUAGGAGAAGAUGGAAUUGAUGAAGGUGGUGUUCAAAAGGAAUUCUUUCAGUUACUUGUCAGAGAUAUUUUUGAUCCAAAGUAUGGCAUGUUUUCUUACAAUGAGGAAACUCGUUUAUUCUGGUUCAAUAAUCCGCCAUGGGAUGUAUCAGAGGAAUUUGAGUUGGUGGGAAUUGUUCUUGGAUUAGCCAUCUAUAAUGGGCACAUUUUGGAGUUGCAUUUCCCCAAAGUUGUCUACAAAAAGUUGCUUGGAAAAGUACCAACAAUUGAGGAUCUUGCUGAGGUUGACCCAGGUCUUGCAAAAGGUUUGAAGCAGCUCUUGCAGUUUGAUGGUGACGUUGAGGAAACAUUUUGUAGGAGCUUUCAGGUGUCGGUACAUGACAUUUUUGGGGAAGUUGGAAACAUUGAGCUUAAGGAGAAUGGAAGUGAUAUUCCGGUUACUAAGGCAAAUCGCAAGGAAUAUGUUGAUCUGUGUGUGAAGUACUAUCUUGAGACUUCAAUAGAAUUAUCAUUUGAAGCAUUCAGAAAAGGAUUUCAGAGGCUAUGGAGAGGUCGGGUCCUACAGUUAUUUCAGCCUGCUGAACUGGAACAGCUCAUUUGUGGCAGCCCUGUACUUGAUUUUGAAGCACUAGAAAAAUACACGAUAUAUGAGGAUGGUUAUAGAAAAGAUAGUCGCAUUGUCCGUGAGUUUUGGGAGAUUAUUCAUUCUCUUGACAAGGAGAACAAAAAGAAGCUGCUUUUCUUUGUAACAGGCAGUGAUCGUGCUCCGAUUAAGGGUCUUGCAAACCUUCGGUUUGUUAUUUCUAAGAAUGGUUCAGAUUCUGAAAGGUUACCCACUGCUCAUACUUGUUUCAAUCAUCUGCUGCUGCCUGAGUAUCAAAAUAAAGAAAAGCUUAAGGAGCGAUUAUUGACAGCAAUCAACAAUUCACAAGGCUUUGGGCUCAUGUAAUUGAACUGAAUUUUUCUGAGGUUUGAAGUUCAAAUUUCCCAGUGGUGUGUAAUCACACUGUAUAUAUUUGUACAACAAAAAUCAGCCAAUAACUAGGACCUUUCAAUUGUGUGAUUUUCUUUUAGAAAACAUCUGAAAUGUAUAACAUAAAUUGCAAAAAUAAUAUCAAAUCAAAGUAAAAUGCUAUCCACACACUUGUUCUUUUA